CUGAGGGACUGCAAGUGCACGGCAGAUGACGAGAUCAGAACAGCAUCAGUUUGAACAUCUGUCAGUGUAGCAUGGAGGAUGAGGGUGUAAAAGGAGCACGUGUUUGUUUGUUUGUUGUGCAGGCCUGGCAGGAUGCUGGACUUGUCCUGUCCACGACCAGCAAUGAAGCCUGUAAGCUCUUCGAUGCCGUGCUGACGCAGUAUGCAACUUGGACCAAUAACGAGAGCCUUGGAGGUAUUGAGGGAUGUCUCUCCAAGCUAAAAGCAGCAGAUCCAAACUUUACAAUGGGACAUGUCAUUGCCAACGGCUUGGAGCUGAUUGGCACUGGGAGAACCGUGAGACUCGACAAGGAGCUGGACAGCGCCGUGAGAGCCAUGGUGGCACUUUCCAAGUCACAGCCACUGACAGAGCGGGAGAGGCUUCAUGUGUCAGCGUUGGAUGUGUUUGCCAGGGGCCAGCUUCCAAAAGCUUGUGAUCUGUGGGAGCAGAUUCUGCAGAACCACCCAACUGACCUGCUGGCCCUCAAAUUUUCCCAUGACACUUAUUUCUACCUGGGAUAUCAACGUCAGAUGCGAGAUUCUGUUGCCCGUGUUUAUCCUUUCUGGACACGUGAUGUUCCACUGAGCAGCUACGUGAAGGGCUACUACUCUUUUGGACUUGUGGAAACAAACCUUUGGGACCAUGCUGAGAAGGUUGCCCAUGAGGCUUUGGCUAUAAAUCAGACAGAUGCAUGGUCUGUCCAUACUAUAGCUCAUGUAAAUGAAAUGAAAGCAGAGGUGGAGAAAGGCUUAAAAUUCAUGAAGGAAACCGAAAAGAACUGGAAGAGCAGUGAUAUGCUUGCUUGCCAUAAUUACUGGCACUGGGCUUUAUACUACAUUGAAAAGGGGGAAUAUGAAGCUGCUUUGACAAUUUAUGACAAGCAUAUUGCUCCCACGUGCCUGGCAAGUGGAAGCAUCCUGGAUGUAGUUGAUAACAGUUCGAUGCUGUACAGGCUUCAUCUGGAAGGUGUACAGCUUGGGGACAGGUGGAACGAUCUGCUUGGGGUUACGAAGAAGCACGCCAAGGAUCACAUUCUUCUCUUCAAUGAUGUGCACUUCUUGAUGUCUUUCCUUGGAGCCAAAGACCACAAAACUACUGAGGAGCUUUUAACAACUCUGCAGGAACUUGCCAGAGCACCUCAUGAAGACCACCAGCUUUCCCUGGCUCCUGCUUUGGGGCUGCCACUGUGCCAGGCUUUUGUAGAGUUUGAAAAUGGGAAUUGUGACAAAGCUGUAGACCUGCUGUACCCAAUCCGUUACGAACUAGUCCAAGUGGGAGGCAGUGAUGCUCAGAGAGAUGUUUUCAGCCUGUUAUUGAUUCAUGCUGCUUUAAACUCUAAAUCAAAGGCCAAACAAAACCUUGCAAGGUGUCUCCUGCAUGAACGUGAUAUGAUGAGACCAAAGUCACCAAUGACUGAGAGACUGAUCAGGAAGGCAGCAGCGGUGCAUUCCAUGGCAUAGGGCUUUCCUCCAGCCUCAGCUGGAAGAGCCAGGAGCUUUCCACUAAGUCUGGGUGCAGGGAGUACAGGGUGCUAUGAAGCAACUUGGGGGGGGUGCUUGGGGUUUAAAAGAUGUGAGAGUAAUUUCCUGUAAAAAAAGACAGCUGUUGCAUUUCUGGAGGUUGUAUCUUAGAGGAUUCCACAAGGAAAGAAGAAAACUUGCUGAUAAUGCACAGCUUUCUGGAGCAUCCCAAAGGCACUGCUGCUCUGGUGUGUUUUCCUGAAUGCUCACUCUGACCCUGGCUAUACACAGUGCAGUAACAGUGCCUGGAUUUCAUGUGAACUAAACUGCUCAAGUAAUUCAAAGGGAGUUUUUAAAUAAAGCUAAGAGGAAAGUGUUGGGCCAGAGUCAAUACAGGCAGGCAUGAACUGAAUUCAUAUCAAGCUUUUAGCCCAUUCAGACAGGAGUCAUAGAUCUGUCUGCACUCAGGAUCUCUUUCCAGGUAUACAUUUUUAAACUCCUUCUCAUAAAAUGUUAAAUUUUCCCUUUCAAUAUAGCACAGCAGAGCUUUCUGCCAUUACUGGGUGAAUGAAACCAGACAAGAACCAGGCAAGAAUAAUGACUAUUCUGACAUGGGUGCUUCCUGAGCACUUUUAAAUCUUUCAGAAAAAAGGGAAAUGCCUGGAUUUCAGCUGAACAGUACCAUCUCUGAAGGGUAUGUUGGACUGGGGGUUUGUGCCUCCCUGAGCUUUUGGACAGUCAGGCCUUACUAUCUCCAGGGAGUCCCUGCAUGUUGGCAAAGUGUGGUUGAAACCAGGGUUAAAGCACACCCUUUGCAGAGGCGAAGACCAGGAGAUCUUUCUGCCAUGGACAGAGAGCUCAGGGGAUGGACACAGCUCUGUCCCAGCACAGGUGAUGGGAUAAACUUCAGUGCUGCAAGUCAGGCACAAUGUGAGCCACAGGCCUCGAGGGAGCUCUGGUGCCUCUGGAUUCUUGCAGCAUCCCAGAGCUAACACAUUGUCUUGCAGUAGUAUCCCAGAAAUCCCUAAUGAUGGGGGAAAUCAUAUUUCAGACCAAAACUGAACUCAUGCCUCCUGUUCUGUUAUAGAAAUCCCACUCUGCAACUGCCCAAGCUCUGGUUUUGCUUCCACAUCUGCAAACUCUCCUGGCCCCACAGGCCUGCCCCUGCUCUUCCCCAUGACCCACAGCAGCUUUGUCCUGGUUUCCUUUUGACCUAAGAAAGCACUUCCAUAGCAGGCCCUGCACUGGCCCUGGGGUUCCUGCAUUGUGGAACAAGAGGUGGAAGUGCUUUGCUGACAUUUUACUUUACCCAGUCCUCCCCUGAGGCAGAAAUAGCUUAUUUUUAAAGCAAUAAUCAUGCAACCAUGUAAGGGAUUUCAUUCCUUGCCUUCAGGUCUUCUGAUUGAUGAGUCUGCUGUUAUUUAGCUUUAUCACUGCUUGUCUCUUCAGCCAUGGUGGGGGGGGUGACUGACUUGGGACAAGUUAAACUGCUUUUUUACUGUUAUUUUUAGUACAUGCACUUCAAGCAGUGACUUUAGACAGGUAACUUUUAUUCAAGGAAUGUAAGAAAUUGUAUAAGGGAACAAAAGCCUGAGAAAGCUCUGGCUGGCUAUGCAGGGUGUAAUCAAUGUAAUCAGUGACAGCUCUACUUUUGAUAGAACAUGACUGAGAAUUUUGUCUGCUUUGCCUUAAUAAAUUCAAAGAUGAUCUUUGUUGAGCAAGUA